ACACAUGAGAGCACACGACCGCGAGCUAAAUUAAAAAAGUAAUUUAAAAACAAACCGCACGCAUUCAAGUGUUUUUUUUUUCUAGUCUGUGGCGUUUUUCACGUUUGGAUGUGGAACUUUUUGGCGCGUAACAAGCAGGUGGCAGCGAUGCUGGGCGUUUUGGCUUUGGCGGCCGUGGUAGUGGUAGUAUUGACUACGAAAGGUGCCAGCUCUAAUGUGGUGGAAAAGGGACCGGAGGAAGCAGAGGAUGUUAGUGAUGAUCCGUAUAUUUUUUCUACUCAUAGCCUCCCAUCAGAAGACCGCUUCAUGCCCUCCAUAGGCAACGGGCACAUAGCCACCAACAUAUUCUCCAACACUGUCUACCUCAACGGCUUAUACAACGGGCACAAAGGGGAAAGCCACCGAGCCAGGAUCCCCGCUUGGGCGAACGUACGACUCAACUCGACGCUAACUCAUAAACCGUUCGCCCCAGUUUACAGUUUGAAUACGAGAGAUGGCGUGUUCACUGUUAGAGUGGAUAGGGACCGGUCUGUGGUGACGCAGAGGAUUUUUGCGCAUAGAUUCUAUAAUAGAGCUAUUGUUAAUCAGAUUGAGGUUACAUCUAAGACGUAUGCCGAUCCAAACCUCACCCACCGCGACAUAUGGAUUGCCGUGAAACUAAUGCCAGGCGCCGAAACAAGUGACGACAUAAAUUUCGAGUCACCCGUGCCCGAGGUGUUCCACGGACGAACCAUUAAGUCUAGCUGCGGGAAGACUAGGGAGUCAGAAGAUUUAGAGUAUCAGCCGUUACCUGUGAAUGUGUGUGUGUAUUGGACUUCGGUGCCGGACCAUUUGGUUGUGCCACAGCAUGGGUCUAAGGUGUUCACGUUCGCGAUGACUGUGGAUAAGAAUAGGACUGUGGCUAGAGAGGAGCUGUUUAAAGUAUUACAGGAGGACUCGAAAGUGCUGUACCAGAGGCACGUUGAUGCGUGGCACGCGCUCUACGCACAAGCGGGAAUGGAUAUCGAAGGCAACUUACAACUGUCGAAGAUAGUAAGCGGCAUCUGGUACUAUUUCCUGAGCGCGCUACCGUCUGAGUCCACCAGCCAUCCACAAGAUCGGUUCUUCGGUCUCAGUCCCACUGGCCUUUCCCGAGGCGGCACAUUUGAAGACUACGAAGGUCACAACUUCUGGGACACAGAAACGUGGAUGUUCCCAACGAUCCUUCUUCUUUAUCCAAGAUAUGCGAACCUGUUGCUGCAGUACCGCUUGGAUACAGCGCCGGUAGCUGAGCGUCUUGCACAAGAAACUGGUCACAAGGGUUACAGAUAUCCGUGGGAGAGCGCGUACACAGGCAUGGAAGUGACGCAGCCAUGCUGCCCCGCAGUGGCAGAGUAUGAGCAGCACGUUUCAGGGUGUAUCGCCUUCGCGGCACGACAGUACCUGGCUGUCACACGGGACGAGCAUUGGUUGAAGCAUGGCGGUUGCGACAUCGUGACCCGCAUCGCAGACUUCUGGGCAUCCCGGGCUGUGAUCAACUUUACCACGGGCCUCUUUGAUAUUUCAAAUGUGAUGGGACCAGAUGAAGAUCACGCUGACGUCAGAAAUUCGGUCUUCACUAAUGUCGUAGCUGGUUACUCACUUUAUUUAGCUCAAUAUGUUUCUUGUCUCUGCAAGUCCUACUUCAUCACAGACCAUGCAGAACAGUGGGCAGACAUCGCCUGGAGCCUGGCCCUGCCGUUCGAUCCCGAACACGACUAUCAUCCACAAUACGAGGGUUACAGAAGAGGACAAACUAUUAAACAGGCAGACGCUGUGCUGCUGGGAUUCCCGCUCCAAUAUCCUAUGAACAGAAGGACACGAGCAAACGACCUCUCAUACUACGAAUCGGUGACGCGAGAGAGUGGUCCGGCGAUGACUUGGAGCAUGCACGCGAUUGGUCUGUUGCGACAAGGUGAUGCAGGGAAGGCUGCGAGCAUGUUCAACAAGAGCUAUGAAGAUUACGUACGAGAGCCCUUCAAGGUGUGGAGUGAGAACCGUCGACCCAACAUCGGCGCGACCAACUUCUUCACGGGCAUGGGAGGUUUUCUGCAGACGCUCGCGUUUGGGUACGGCGGUGUCAGCAUACACCUCGAUCGACUCCUCAUUGAUAGGCCUCAGCUGCCAGCUGAUGCUACGAGAUUAAGGAUAAGAGGUCUUAAGUACCUCGGCGCCAACCUGACCCUAGACAUACAAGAGUCGCAGACGACAUUGUUCGUUGCUUCCGUCGAUGACAACUGGCCACUCAAAUACGAGGAUGGGAAGAACGAAAUAGCAUUAGCAGCGAAAAUGACAUUAACCUUAUCGGGAGAAGGUCCAUUCACAAUCCGCUCCGUUCCCUGGAAAGACUGCAAGCUGCCGGAUGACGUCAUCGGAAGAAGCCACCUGAGACCAUAGACUAGAUUAGGAUAUUUUAAUAUAGUGUAAGGCAGACAGUUUUAAAAAUUCAUAAUCUUAAAAAAGAUGUGUAUGCAACCUGUCAGUUCAAACUUACUUAAGAAUUUUAAGAUUGAAUACAAAUCUUUUUUUAAGAUUAUGAAUUUUUAAGACUGUCUGUGGCGUGCCUAAGGGGCAAAUUUGUAUAGGGGACACAAGAAAGCCGUACCUGAGGAGAUCUAAUAAAAUAUUUUACACUGAGAUAAAUUUGCAUUGUGAAUUUAACAAGUUCGACUUGUUACGGGUUUAUCUGUUUGAAACAAGUCUUUUAGUAAACGGAAUAAAUCACAAUACUGAUGAUACAAGUAGAAUUUGUACGAACAACAAGAUCAAACUUGUUAAAAUAUACUUGAUUGAAUCAGCCAAAUAUGUGUCAUGUUGCUUUUAUAAAAUCAACUUGUUGACUCAAAUGACAAGUAACUUGUAGAAUGUACUAGUUACACUUAACAAAAUCUAACUUGUUGUUUGAACCAAAGAACACGUAGGCGCAAACAAAAAACUUGUUAAACGAACGAAUAAACAACGAACUGGCUGUUUUUUCUUUCUCAGUGUACCAGCACCAGCAGUUCAGACAAGCAAGCUGGCCGUCCCUAUCGCACUUACAAAAUAGUGCGAUAGGGACGGCCAGAUGUUUUAACAUUUACAUUUUCCUGCCUGAACUAUGUGGUUGAAACAGACAGCUGUUCAAUCCAACUGCACCUGUUUGGUAAGUUGCAGUUAGGUUGGCGUUUGUAUCAGGCCAAACAGAAAAAAGACCGCCAAGAUAGUGCCUAUUCCCUAAUGUAUCUGUAAUGAAAACUGUUAGUAAGUUAGGUACCUACUUUUGUAUGUCAGACACUGGUCCCACCGCGAGCUAGCUAGUGUAAAUAAAAGACACACAGCGAUGUUUAUAGUUACUCGCCCAGCGGUGAGCUAUCAAUA